UCCUAUUCUUUUCUCAGUAGAUGUUUUUCUAUUGAAAUGUUACUUAAUAGUAGAGAGACUGAUCGAGGAAUACCAAGGCUUAGAGUAGUUGAUAGUAGUGGAGAAGGAUAGUUCUUAUGUUUGCAGAAUAGAAGCAAUUUAGGAACUUAUCAAAGAUGUCUUCAAUCUUGGAUGUUGAUGAGUCUAUCAUUGAGAAUAAUUGGUAUUACGGUUGUCUCUUCAGUCCAAAGAAAAGCAUUAACACUGAAGCAAUUUUUAGUGAGAGUCUAUGUGAAAAAGAGCAUGCUGAUGAAGAUAGGGAGUAUCAUAGCAUUCCUGAUGAUAAAAAACAUCAGCAUUCCAUUGCAAGGAAUAAACAGAUAGUGAGAGAAGAAGGUAGUAAUAGUAAUAGUCCACAUUUUGGGUCAAGAGAUUCUGAUUCAGACGAAGAGGCUGAGUGUCUUGCAAGUAUGUUUAAAGCUUUGGAUGAAGAUGGUGAUGGAAGAGUUAGUUCAGAUGAGAUUGUGAGGUUUUUGGAGAGAUUAAGUUUGGAAAUGCGAAAGGAGGAGGUGGAAUUAGCUGUGAGAUCAAUGUCUGCAUGUGGUGAUGACUUUCUCACUUUAAUUGAGUUUGGUGAGUUCUAUAGAAUUGUAUUUGAAGAUAAGGAGGAGGAAAUGGAUAAGAAGGUAAUUUGUGAGGCAUUUAAUGUGUUUGAUCAAAAUGGAGAUGGGUUUAUCAGUGCAAUGGAGUUGGCUGAUGUUCUCUCCAGAUUGGGUUUUGUGGAGGGGAAAGAUUUGAGUUGCUGCCAGAGCAUGAUCGAGAGUGUAGAUUAUAAUGGAGAUGGUUUUGUAGAUAUUCAUGAGUUUAGGCAUUUAAUUACCAGAACUUCUUCUGGUUCUUAUCCUUGUCUUCAAUCUGUUGCUGCAGUCUAAUGUCGUUCUUAUCCUUGUCUUCAAUCUGUUGCUGCAGUCUAAUGUCACUAUACAUUUUAUGGCUACUGCAGUCUAAUGUCACUAUACAUUUUAUGGCUAGCAUAAAUAUUCUAAGAUGUGAGCUGCUGUGAGAGCAUGAUUGAGGGUGUUGAUUAUAAUGGAAAUGGGUUUGUGGGUAUUCAUGAAUUAAGGCAUUUAAUCACUAGAACUUCCUCUGGUGCUUAUCCUUGUCUCCAAUGAGUUUCUGCAGUCUAAUGGCACAAUAUAUUUUAUGACUAGAAUAAAUAUUUUGAA